AUGGUGUUGUUAACGACGACCGAGGCCGCGAAGGCUGCGAUAGAGGAGUACUGUAAGAUUGAUGGCGAGGGACAAGACGAGAAGCCGACGGACGAAAGACUUGACAGGCUAUCGGAUGUUGAGUUAGGCAGCCCAAUCGACCACGCCGACUUGAUUGAGAUAUCAAAGUACCUGUUGAGCAAUGACAAGCGCAACGGUGGAGAGGAGGCCAGCAGAAAAUGGCGUCUAGAUACCUUGCUCAAAGGUGCAACCGUCUACAAGCCGCCACCGACCUCUAAGCCUGAGCCGACUUCGGAGUACAAAGCACUGAUGAAGCGUCUCCGUCAAGACGAAGAGCAACAGAAGUACGAGCGCAUGCUUAACCCUCCGCCAGCGGAAAGCUUUGGUCAGAGAUUCCCCAACGCAAGGCCAUCCUUCGGCUCAAACCAUCUUGGACCUCAUGGAGUAGCAGGCGAAGUGGACGAAGUCACCUACGCGGACGUCAACCGGCAGAUGACUCUCAUCAUCAACGUUCUGGUCUCCAUCAUCUGCUGCAGCAUAGCCAUCUGGAUCGCAGCUCGGCGGUGGGAAGUACCGGCGCGACUCGGACUUUCGAUGUCUGGGAGCGGGCUCGUAGCUGCUGCUGAGGUUGUUAUAUACAUGGGCUAUAUCAGGCGAGUCAAGGAUGCCAAAGGGCUGGAGACGAAGAAGGUGGAAAGCAAGGAGAUUGUCGAGACGUGGGUCCUCGACGGAUCGAGUGCGAACUCCAAAUUUGAAGGCAGUGACGGUGUAAGAUUCAGGAAGGGCAAGCAUCGCUGA